GCCCACCCGAAAUUAUUCCAACACGUCCUCCCUCCCUCUCUCUCUCUCUCUCUCUCUCUCUCUCUCCAUCAGGUUCUGUGUUCUCUCAUGGCAUCGGAAAACGUCAGACAACGAAUCAGAGAUGAAGCCACCGAGUCCACCGAUGCCGACAACGGCGACAGGACAAGGAGAGACAAGAAGAUGGCCAUGGCAAAACGCGGUCUCCGAUCGUUAACCAUCGCAGUGGCCGUUCCACUCUCCCUCGCAAUCACAAAUAUCUACUUGUUCGGUAGUCCUGAUCGAUACCGUACCUUAAAGAAGCCCUCCUCCUCCUCCUGGUAUCCAUCCAUCUGGGCCUUACACCUGGCCUGUUUGGCUUCGACCUUCCUAAUGGGCCUCUCGUCUUGGCUUGUAUGGGCCGAUGGUGGGUUCCACCGUGGACGCUCCGCCUUACCUCUUUACGUCGCCCAGCUUGCUCUAUGUCUGUCUUGGGACCCUCUUGUGUUCGCGUUAGGGUUAUCUCGGAUAGGGUUGAUGGUGUGCAUCGCGUUGUUUGGGGUUCUUGUGGGAUGUUCUCGGAGCUUUGGGCAGGUGAAUCCAACCGCGGGGGACCUUGUUAAGCCUUGUUUACUGUGUGCAGCGUUCAGGAUGAUUGUAAAUUAUUUACUUCUUUAAAUACAAUAUCUAUGUAGUCUGUAGUCUAUACUGUAGGCUGUAUCUUCGUUCUUUAUGUACACUCUCUUGUCUCGAUGUAUUAUAAUAUUCUCGUCCACUAUUUCAACCUUA